AUGUCACCCGCUUCCCAACCAAUUCAAAUCACCAAAAAACGCCUGGUCAUCUGCUGUGAUGGCACGUGGAUGAACAGUGACACGGGCUACAGGAAAUCAUCCUACCGGAACCCUAUUGGAAAAACGGCUGUUCCGUCCAAUGUCACCCGUCUCUCCCGGUCUUUACGUCGGUCAUGUACAGAUGGAACUCUUCAGAUCAUUGAUUAUCACUCCGGAAUUGGCUUAAGUGGCAGUUUCGCAGAUGUUUUAUCCGGCGGUGCUUUUGGCUUGAGCAUCUUUGAGAAUAUCCGGUCAGCCUACUCCUUCAUAUGUGCCAACUAUACCGAUGGUGAUGAGAUCAUCCUUGUGGGCUUCUCACGGGGAGCCUUUACCGCAAGGUCAGCUGCGGCAAUGGUCUCGGAUCUAGGGCUCCUGACCCGCGAAGGCAUGGAGUAUUUCUACCCCAUCUACAAGGACAGGCAGCAUUGGCGGGAUACCAAAUAUAAGGAUCCUUUUCCGGAUACACCGUUUAGUGAUAAGCCCAAAGGGGAUGAUGCUUCACGGAAGUAUCGAGAGAUGCUUGUCGAGGGUCUCACACGCAUCCAUCAGAACCAUGAGAACAGGCCACUGAUCAAAGUGAGGGCUGACACUAUUGGAAGCUUGGGAAUACCCCAUUCAACCGCCGAAUUUCGCUUAUUUGACACUGACUUGUCAGAUCGUAUCGAGUAUGCCUUUCAUGCACUUGCCCUCGAUGAACACAGGUCCUCAUUUAUACCUACAGUGUGGGAGCGCACCGUUGAUAACCUGGGUGCCACAGACCUACGCCAAGUUUGGUUUCCAGGCAAUCAUGGAAAUGUAGGCGGGGCCUGGAAAGAUGCCGGAAUUUCCGACAUUACUUUGGCUUGGAUGAUGGAUCAGCUUGCGUCCAUUGGCGUCGAGUUUGAUGAGGCAGUCAUCAUGCGCCUUUUUGACCAGCUUGAACACUCUUACCGCGACAUGGCUGAGAAAGACCCCAAGUGUACGCAUGCACAGAAGCACCCGAGACCAAGCAGGCCGUUGAUAGAAGUCGAACCACCUCCAAUAGAGUCGAACAAUCUCCCAGAAUGGGUGCGAUUCCGACUGCGAAGUCUUUCAACGGCAACCGAUACUGGGAAGAAGAUCAUCGGCGAGAAGCACUGGGCCAUCAAGCCCAUCUGCGCAAGAAAUAUCCCCCUUCGACCCUGGGCGCUCGGCGCAAUUCGCGGUUCCAAGGCUGCCGGAUCCAAAGUUCGCUCACCAUGCGCCUAUAAGAAGAGAGAUCCUAUCACGGGAAAAAAAACCAAAGACUUCCUCGAGGAUACCAACGAGCGGAUGCAUAGCUCUGUGCGUGUCCGUCUCGCGUUAGAGGGGCUUGGGCUCAACGACAAAGGUGUCUGGGAAGCUCCGGCACUGAAAGGGAAAUGGGCCUUGCGAAAGACCACUCGAGAAUUUUUGGAUCCCAUCCCCAAAACUGUGACAUCAUGGGAGAAAAGUACCGCAUCAGCUGCAACAACAUCCUGGAAAAAGAAGCUAGACCUGUCCAACAAUCAGACUGCACAAAAACAAGAUGACGACGAGUCGCUGGCUGCUUCAAAUGCCGCAACGUUAGUAGAGACGGCAGUUGAGCAGCAGCGCCCGUUGCAGGCGAUGGAUAACAAGGGUUACAGGUGGGUUUGGGAGUAUUGUGGCAAUGUGAAGGAUGCACCACCCCAGAAGGUGAUGGUAGAGGAGCAGCUGGGGCCGUUUGAGAGACAGUUGCUGAGAUUGUUAGGGGGUGUGCCAAAUGUGUAUGAGUUCGCCGAGACGGUGGAGGGGAUGGAUGGGAGGAAGGUGUAAAUGUGGGGCAGUAACGCCAAGCAAAAGAUAGGGGGUAGCCCUGGUUGCUGGGUGAACGAAAAGGAAUAUGUCAACAAACAUCACUUUGCUCAACGUGAUGGAUGUAAAGAUAGAAUGGCAAUGGGUGAGAGUGUGUAGCAAGGUAUCGAUGCAGGCAAAACAAAGU